UGCCCCAACGCCCUGCAGUGUCAGUGAUUUUACACGGAGCGCUCGGUGCUCAGCUGCCCCGAAACACUCGCCCUCUUUCGGACUCUGGUCGAACCGUUUCUUUCGGAAGCCACGGCACGUCUAAAAUCUGAACUCCGGUCGGCGUGGCUGCUGAAACAGCGGCAGGAAUAUGGCGGGGUUCUGUUCUGAUGCGCGGCUCCCGUUGCGGCUGUGGGAAAUCGCCGACAUGGGUCUCCCCUGACUGGCUGCUGCUGCUGCUGCUGCUAGUGGCUAGCGCUAGCGUGUAGCUCACGGCCAGCCAGCAACCUCUGGUGGGAUUCACUCAGCUGGUCUCGCGAAAACAGCACUCCGCACGGCCACACGUCUCCCCGGCUGUAGCUGUAGGGUUUCGGGGCUCGUUAAUUCAGAAAGUGGCGUUAGUCAGAGGCGCUUGGUUGGUCGCCGGGGUGGAGUUGCAGUUGAAUUAUGCAUGCGGUGGCUAGCUAGCGCUGACGGAUAACCGAACCGAACCGACCCGGCUGACUGAUCAACAUGGAUUUCGUCGCGUUUCUGUGCGAGACUGAAGCUUUACCGUUACAGUCCGCUGUACUAAACCGAAGAGGGACGGUUUAAGGCCCCUCCUGUCUGGCUUUGUUGUCUCUGGUCGCGGCGGGUGUCCGUGCGGACGGUGCUGCUCCAGUCGGGCUUCAUUUGGGAAGCGUUUAAUGUGAGAAGGCAGCUGGCUGGAGAGCUCAUUAACUCCAUCCACGGUCUCUGACGGCGAGCCAGACUAGGCCUAGGCCACCGGAGAACGUUGGGCAGGUCUGACUUCAGGUAACUGGCUAACUGGUUACGCUACCAUGGUAGCGGCUGCUUGUUAUGAGCUGAGCUUGUAACCUGGGUCAUCGUUUGAACUCGAUAAACGAGCUGUGGGGCCAGAAGGCCGCUGUCUGGGAGGAGAAAUGGGGCUCGCUGGCGAAAGCAGGUCUAGCGUGUCGGGCUGGUGGUCAGCUUAACUCGCAGCCCGCUUUCUGCGUUUGGAGCAAAUCAGAAUCAGAGGUCGCCUGGCUAGCUCGGUGGUUAGCAUAUGCUUGUCCCACAAUGCGGCUCCUCACAUAUUCAGAUGUUGUGUCACUGAUGUUAGUCACCCUGAAGAGCAGCAGGUUCCUAAGCCGUUUGCUUCAGAAUAGCCAACCAGCCACAUCCACGGCUCGGCGCGGCUAGGCGGCGAAUUGGCACCGAGAGGUAACUAGCGUUAGCAUGGCACUUUCAGCCCUGUCCCGCUCAUCAGACGUCGUCUGACGGUUGUUUACAGUGGCUGGAGGCAGUGCUGAAGCGUGGGAUUAGAGUUGUCUGGUGCCUUAAACUGGCACCAUCCGUUUCUUGUCCUUGACGUGCUGGGGGAUGCCCUAAAAGCCCCCAAAGAAGCCGUCAUGUCGAGCAAAUCGUCGAGCAAGGAGAAGAAGUCGGGCCUGAGCAAGAAGCUCUUCCGAAGAGGCUCCGUGCGCUCGGUGGGGAGUUUUAUGAGCAGAGUCUUGAAGACCCUCUCCACUCUCUCCCACUUCGGCUCGGAGCUACAUGCGGCGGAGGGCGACAAGGAUGACGGAGGCUUCACGUCGUUCAAGAGCGACGGCAAGGGCUCCGUGACCUCGGACGAGAGCGACUGCGGCGGCUUCCUCUCGCGGGACAAAAUACCCGGCGUGUCCGGCUUGAAGAACCACGGCAACACCUGCUUCAUGAACGCUAUCCUGCAGUGCCUGAGCAACACGGACCUUUUCGCCGAGUACCUGGCGCUGGAGCAGUUCAGGGGCGACUCGAUGACCGAGGAGGAGAAGCCCAAGACCAACGGGGUUCACCUGCAGAGGAAAGGCGCGCAGAGCCGGGGGGAGGUGACCGAGCAGCUGUCCAGGCUGGUUCGAGCCCUGUGGACGUUUGAGUACACCCCGCAGCACAGCAGAGAGUUCAAAAAUGCAGUGUCAAAGCGUGCCAUGCAGUACAGGGGAAAUGCUCAGCAUGAUGCUCAAGAGUUCCUUCUCUGGCUUCUGGACCGUGUGCAUGAAGACCUUAAUACUGUAGGCCAUAGCCGGCCUUCUAUAAAGCCACCCAUAGAGGAAGAUGAUGGAGCACUAGAGGGACCUUCACUCCCGUUAUCAGCUGGCUCCUUUGUGCAGGAGCUUUUUCAGGCACAGUACAGAUCCUCACUUACCUGCCCACACUGUCAAAAGCAGAGCAACACUUUUGAUCCUUUCCUCUGCAUCUCUCUCCCCAUCCCGUUGCCUCACACUCGCCCCCUGUAUGUGACAGUGGUCUACCAGGGCAAGUACUCCCACUGCAUGAGGAUCGGGGUGGCUGUGCCCCUCAACAGCACCGUCUCCAGACUGAGAGAAGCUGUGUCGCGAGAAACCAAGAUCCCUCCAGACCAGUUUGUCCUGACGGAAAUGUAUUAUGACGGUUUCCAUCGUUCCUUCUGUGACGACGACGACGAUCUUGAUAUCAUUCAAGAAAGCGACUCGAUUUUUGCAUUUGAAACACCCGAGACUUUCAGAUUAGAAAACAUUCGUUCCAAAAGAGGGAGCCUUCUUGCCAACCUCAAUCAGAACAAUUUGAAGUAUGGCAACGAGAGCACUCGUACACCGUCUUUCAUGCAAGGGGCAGUGAAUCCGGCAUCACCCAACAAAAAUACAGGAGCUGACAAGAUGAUCCUGCUGAUCUGCAAUAGGGCUUGCACUGGCCACCAAGGACGGAGGUUUGGCCUUCCGUUCGUAUUGUAUAUGGAGCGCUCUGUGACUUGGGAUGUGCUUCAGAAGGCAAUUCUGGAGAAGAUGCAUCACCUGCUGAGACAAGGGGUUUACAUCCAGGUGGGACCUUUCAGUCUACGAGUGGUUGGAGUAGUUGGCAUCACAUACUUGUUGCCUCAGGAGGAACAUCCGCUGUGUCACCCCACUGUGGAAAGAGCAUACAAAUCCUGCGGGCAAGGGGGCCCUCCUCAUGUCAAGAUUGUGGUGGAGUGGGACAAAGAGACUAAGGAUUAUCUGUUUGGCCACACUGAGGAAGAGUACAUCCCUGAUGCUGAGAGCGUGUACCUGCACCGCGAGCAGCACCAUCAGCCCCAGGCCUGUACCCUCGCUCAGUGCUUCCAGCUGUACACCAAAGAGGAACAGCUGGCCCCAGAUGAUGCCUGGCGCUGUCCCCAUUGCAAGCAGCUACAGCAGGGCCGCAUCAAGCUAAGCCUGUGGACCCUGCCUGAUGUUCUCAUCCUGCACCUCAAGAGGUUCAGACAGGAGGGAGACAGGAGAGUGAAGAUGCAGAACAUGGUGCGGUUCCCACUGCUUGGUAUGGACAUGGCCCCUCACAUGGUGAAGAGGAGCCAGAGCAGCUGGAGCCUCCCCUCUCACUGGUCCCCUUGGCGACGACCUUACGGCCUUGGCCGUAACCCAGAAGACUAUUUUUAUGACCUUUAUGCUGUAUGCAAUCACCAUGGCAACAUGCAUGGAGGGCACUACACAGCAUAUUGCAAGAACUCCAUUGAUGGACAGUGGUACUGCUUUGAUGACAGCGAGGUCCAGCCCAUACCUGAUGAGGAUGUCUGCCAGCAGACAGCAUACAUUCUCUUCUACCAGAGGAGGACAACUAUUCCCUCGUGGUCUGCCAACAGCUCUGUGGCGGGCUCUACCAGUUCUUCUUUGUGUGAGCACUGGGUUACCCGCCUCACUGGCAGCAAGCCGCCCAGCCUGGCCUCAGGGGCCUCUUCCCGACGCACAUCCCUGGCUUCUUUAGCUGAGUCUGUGGAGUUCCCUGGAGAUCGCAGUGAAGACGACGGAGGAUUCUCCACCCGACCCUUUGUGAGGAGCAUUCAACGUCAGAGCUUGUCUUCCAGAUCCUCCAUAGCCAGCCCACUGGCCUUCAGUGAAAAUGGGACGAAGCCCUCUUGGCCACUGUCUGCCAAGCUCCAGAUGAGAUCCAGUUCGCCCUCCCGCUUCUCCUUAGACUCCCGCUCCUCGCCACCCCUGGAAAGAAUUGGAGAGGCCUGUGAUGACAAAGUGUCCACAUCGUGCUUUGGUAGCUACAGUAGGCAUGAGCGUCACCCUGGCAAUAAGGCUCCGCUGGCCAUGAUGGAGGGUAACGGCAGUGACAACGGUGGGGGUAAAAGGAUUGUAGAUGAGGUCUACUGCAGGGCUCCUACCCCAGCUGACAGGAAAAGCUCCAAAGGAGAGCCCCUAGACAACAACAACCAAAUCUCUGCUGUUGACCAGAACUUGCAUGGCACUCCUACAAAAGAGCAGAGGCACAAGGGCUCUGGAUCAUCUGCGACCAAGGCAGAGGGUUCUGGGACAAAAAAGAGCUCAACCAAGACAAAGGGGGAUCAAGAGAAGCCCUCUAAGAAACGCCAGAGCACUUCGUCAUCUGCACAGAAAGCUCUUUCUUCUCAAGCGUCUUCCAGCCCUCAAGGCAAGGGUGCCAAAGUAACAAAUUUGAAAGAGAAAAGUGACUCCACUAAGACCACCAAAGGGUCUUCGGGAACACCCUCCAAGAAAAAGGAGUCCUCUCAGGCUCAGGAGACAUCACCAUCAUCAGGAGUCAGCAAGGCAAAGCAGCGCCUUGUCUCCACUCCGCAGUCCUCAGCCUCCCCUUCACCCACGGCAAAGAAAAGUUCCUCAGUGGCUGAUAAAAGCUCUGCCUCCAGCAGGAAGAAACUGACAGACAAGUGCUCAAGCCGUGACUCACCUCAUUCUAGCCCCCUUGCGGACAAGCCUAAGGUUAGCGCCGCACCUCGGAGUUCCCAGGCCAAGGGUGCUGAGGGAGCCCGAAUAGAGAGGAGGCCUGUAAGGAGCUCCAGCAGCAGCUCGUCAGUCACCAGCCUGCGAUCCCCUAGCGUGUCCUCUAGGGACCUGCGCCGCAGCAGCAAGUCUGAGGACAAGGGCCACUCUUUCUUCAAGAGUGCCCUGAGACAAAAGGAGACCCGCCGCUCAGCUGACCUGGGCAAGACCACCAUCCUCUCGAAGAAAGUGGGUGAGAGGACAGCUAGGUCCAGCAGCCAGACUAAACUGAGCAUGGACGAGGGUGAGGGGAACGCCUCCCAGCAGGCCUCUCCCGCCUCGCUCUCCUGUAAGGCUGUCAGUGAAGACAAGGAGUCGUCUGUAACAACCACUCCUGUCAAACGUUCUCUAUUACCUGUAGGCAAGUCUAAGUCUUCCAAUUCUGAGACAAGUCUUCAGUCUCCUGUCAAUGGGAAGAGGCCUCUUGAAAAGAUGCCCUCUUCUAGAAAGCUUUCUUCUAGCAUGCAAUCCUCUGCACACCCAACACAGACGCCUCAAUGAUAUUUGAAUAGCAGUUUCAUUAUUUUCUGUAAUGCAGCUAUUUUUUGAUGUGCCUAAGAUGAAUAUAUAUAUAUAUAUAUAUAUAUAUAUAUAUAUAUAUAUAUAUAUAUAAAACAAAUAAAUAUAUAUAUAUAUAAAAGUAUAUAUAAAUUAUAUAGGAUAUACCUUUUACUUUUCUCAAAGAAAAUGUGUACAUGAUCUGAAGCGCCUUUUUAUCCUGCCAUGGAACCAAAAUCAUUGCCUCUGGCAAGGUGUGAUAUACGGAUAUACUACUGUUCACAACUCUGAAUAGGAAUGUUUUAACUUAGCACUUUGUAUAUAUUGUUUUCUGUUUCAAACAAUGCUCAACCAUCAAGAGACUGUAUGUAAUGUAUGUUUUUAACUCUGGUUACUGUUGUACUUUCUUCUGAGGAGUCAGCUUGGUCUUAAAAUUCCUUGGAGUACUCCCAACUAAUUUGCUCCACUUGGUGCUAUUCAAAGGGCAAUGUUUCUCUGGCAUUGUAACAGGGAGAAUAGGAUUCCAACCUACGUAGUCAUCCGUCAUACAAGAGGUCAGCAGUAUAAGUUCUCCUAGGCACCUAUCAGAGCCUGCUGAGGUACCCCAUCAGUUUUCCCUUUAUACUAUGGAAUAGUAAGUGUUCCAGUAGCGUAACUGCCCUGAGAAGUGUACGCAGCAUUGCCAACUGUAGACCAAUAGCUGAAUUGUAUGAAUGAGCGCUCUUUUGAAUUGAUAUUAGACAAUCCUAAAUCUUUUUUUUUUUUUUUUUUUUUAAAUCAUGAAAUGCUGUGUGAGAAGCUGUGUGUGCUUUGCUAUCCAUCUGUAGACAGAUGUAAAAGCAACGUAACUGCAUGAAUUUUUGUUUUUGUAAUAAGAAUGCAGUUUAACUUGAGCCAUUUUUUUUCUAUUUCUUUCCAUGCCUGCCAAAUCUAAUGCCAACAGCUUUCAUUCGCUUUAGCUUAGCUUGCUUUGAACCAGGGUUGAGCCCGUUUGUGUCCGUUUGUAUCUCCAUAUUAAUCUGUGGAUUAUCAGUGCAAUAGUUUUCAGAACUUUGUAGAUGGGACAAAAUAUUUACUUCUGUAUUCGGCAAAUAUAACACAUUGAACUCGGUGUAUACCAUUUUUGAAAUGCUUUAGCAUUUUUUUUCUCCAGUGGAUUUCAUUUUUUUUAAGAUGAAUACUGUAUGUAUGCAAUAGAAAAGAGAAUAAUCAAAAUAUAACAUGAAAUAAUCUUUCAGAAUGUUGUGCCAUCCAACAAAUUGUGGCACCUAUCCCCCCCGCCCUCCCCUCCCCUCCCCCUAAAACCUUGAUAGCUGGUUUAUUUCAGAUGAUUUAUUUAAAGAAAAUUUUUAAAGAUGAGCAAGUUUUUAAAGAUGAUGUUGCCUUGGGUAGUGCUGUCAGUAUGUUCACCAUACCGAAUGGGCUUGUCGCCACAGAAUUAGGACUUGUUUGUUCUCAGGCAGCCGAGUCAGAUUCGUCACGUCUGUACAGAUCAGUUUAAUUUGGGCCACAUCCAUAUUAUUAUUACUGCAGGACUGAUGGACUUGAUUUUUCCAAAGGCAUUGUAGCACAAAGAUUAUUCUGAGAGACUACAGAGAAUCAGGUGAUUGUAGCACUAUGGAUAUAGCGCUAGUGGGAAUUGGGCGCUUGAUCACUUAAAGAACCGCUGUCUACACACAGCCUUGCAGUGCAAAUAUAGGUUUUUCAAAAGAGCCACUGACAAGUCAGGGGACUUCACAAGAGCUUAGAAAAUAUUUAGUUCUAAUAAUAAGUUCUUGUCAUUUUCACCAUCUGUUAGUACUUUUUUCCAUUUUCCUCAAAAUAGGCAGUUUUGUUUUUUUUUUUUUUUUUUCUAUGUUUUGUUUUUUUUGUUAGUACCAAUUACUUUAUUAACAGUGCUGGUCAAAGCAGAAUAAAACUGACUGAGAAUAGAUUAAUUUAAUUUUCUCAGGUUGCCAACAUACAUAUUUUAAGUGCCCCCCACAACCCCAACCCCUGCUUUCUUUUUUUUUUUUUUUAUUUAAACCCCAAAAGUCAAAGCUUCGGUACUGUGAUUUUGUUCCUUAGUUUCAUGCUGUUGAUGGGAAAUUAUUCAUUCCUAAAUCAAAUGAAUACCUAAUAUGAGUAUUAUUGUGCCACAAAGGCCUGAUGCCAAUAUGAUGUACCAAAUGGUCCUAUUGGUGCACUUCCCUGAAUAUUACAGAAUAGUCUGUGUGUGUAGCUUUGUUUUGCAAGGGGACCAUUUUAUGUGCGCCCAGAAACUCCAGUUUGAAGAAUUAUGGCAAGCAGUAUUGCAUGAUGACACUGAUGCAUGCACGUAUCUAUGCAAGCAAACGUUGCUGAGAAAAAUUAAGUCUGGUUACCAAUAUUUCUGUAUUUCUAAACGUCAGCAGUGGAAAGCAUGGAUUGUUUCCUCUUGUUGCUUUUUUUGCACACUUGUGUUGUAGCUUUCUUUUGUUUCUUAAAAGAUUGUAAUGGAAGAGCGUUGAGAUGUUGGCCCAUCCAAGCCUCGUGAGGAAUGGCUGUGCUGUAUGUUUUUCUUUUCUUUUUUUUCCCAGUACUUUUUGACUCAUAAGCUUUUAAAGGGAUUGUUCUCCCUUUUAUUCCGUAAAGACGUUUUGUUCUAUAGGUGUGUAACCUGAAGUCCUGUUGACUUCACCUUUUGGUUGGGAUCAUGUUCUCUUGUGCUCACACAUUGAGUACUAACUUCGUUCCUUCACUCUAAAAAGUCAGGACGGCUUUUAUCCGUCAUUUUGUGUCUCGUCAGCCACGCCGUUACAUUUGUUGUGCUAAUCACAAAACCAUGUCACACUGUAAAUUAUUUCCAAUAAUCAGCAUACGGCAGCAUAUCGAGGAAGCCACACGCGUGGUGGUGGUUCCACUUCAGGAGAGUGCUUUGGGCCUUUAUACUUCAAGAAGUCUUGAAAAUUUCAGAUUGUAUGUUUAUGGGACAUUUGAAAUAUCUCAAGUGCAAAUAACAGGGUUGUAAGCCUUAGGUUUGAACAGAUUCAUUAAUUGCUCCAAGUCUUAUGAAUAUUAUUGUAUGAAGUUCCUACUCCUGGUUUACACACUGGACUUGAAUGAUUUUACCACAGGAAAAAGACCCAAGCAUCGUCUACAUCGUCUAUUUACACUACUUAAGAUGGUGCUCGUUUGGCUGUGAGUAACUUGGGCUUUUCUUUUCCAAAUAGAGCGUGUACAGUAGUCUUAAAUAUUGACCAAAAUAUUAUAAUAUUUGGAGACAUGCCAUGUUAAUGUUUUGUUGCAUGAGACUGCAUCAAUGGCUUUGUUAAUUUAUUUGUAUGUUUUGUUAAAUGUGUAUGCACUUUUCAUAAACUCGUUUUUAUUUUAUUUUUUUUAAAGAAUGCAUUUCUUUGAGAGAACCAUUUAUAUUCAUGACAUUGGUUCACCAAUGUAAGACAGAGGUUGAGAUGUAAUUAAAAGAUAGACCUGCAUUAGAGGUCUGAGCUCAGA